AAAUAUAUGGGCGCGCUCACCUGGGCCUCUGUGAGCAUGUCUGCAUAAGGCUUUUAAAUGGCUCACUGUAUCGCUACUGCUGGACUAGAAAGCCAAAGUGACCUCCUGCAAACACACUGUCGCCCGUAAGCCACAAGUUAUGAUGGAGACAGAGUAUUCUAAGAGAGUGUACCAAGGCGUCAGAGUCAAGCACACAGUCAAAGACCUGCUAGCUGAGAAACGAUCAAGGCAAACGAAUGUACCACGAUUCAACGCUGCAGCCAGUUCCUCCCAACCCGCUUUUGUACAAAUGCCAGGUGCUCACAUGCUUCCUGGAUACUACAGCAUGCGGAGGCCUUUCCUGCCCGAUUCCGAGCUGUGCCACCCAAUGAAGCAGUACUCCUCAGACUCAUACUCCUCUGCUCUGGGCAGCAAGGCCUUCUCUUAUGAGCACUCGUCCAGCUACCCCUCUUUCAUCGACAGCUACUACCAACCAGAUUCAUUCGGAGAUUACAGAAGUGCGACUGCUUACACAGCUGGUGGAGGGUCACUGUUUUCCCCGUCUGCACUGUCUACACUGCUGCCUUCUCUGUCUGGCGAGACAUCAUCGCAUCUUCUCCUGAGAGAUCCAUGGGAGCAGCCUUCAGAAGAUCACGUCAGUCAGCCGGAGGUUCUUUGCCCUGAAGGCACAGCCCCGGUGGCAGAUUCCCCGUCUCUGGGUGCUGAUUCGGGCAGCUCCUCUCCGUAUCGGCUUUCGACGAGCCGCAGCAGUGGAUCUGUCCCCUCCAGCUCCCAGCCUUACACACUGCAAACACUGGAAGACGUCCAUUAUCCAGCAGCCAGCUACAGCUCAGCUUCCAGCUACUCCUGCCCUCCAUACAUGACUAAUCCAGGCGAUCUGACUGUGGUGAAGAUGGCAUCUGUGUCUUCAGAUGAGGCUGGCGGUGGUAUUGCGUCUCUCAGUGACACCACUGCUCAAGGAUGGGCCAAGGAUGAUGGAACCAGCUCGUGGAUGCCCUAUGAGACCAGGAGGGCUUUUUAAAAGUUUCUGAGGCACUUAAGUGGAUGGAGAACUGAACUGAGGAAGAAGCUUGAACCUGAAAUAUGGCACCCCAAAACUGGUGGAUUUUCAGCUGAAGUUUCCAAUGAGCAUAAAAGCCUAUAUCAAUGAGGUCUAUAGCUGUGAAACAGCUACAUUAUUAUUAUUAUUAUCAUUAUUAUUAUUAUUAUUAUUAUUUUGUAGAUGUUAGUCAUUUUAUUUCAAGAUGACCUCAAAUGAAUACAGGUUCCUGUUGGAUUUAUUUGCCAUUAUUAUGAAUAGCUCUAGCAAAUAAAUUGGGAGGAUUUAGUAAUCAAUCAUCUUUCAAUAAUCUUUUAAGAAUAAUUGGUACUGACAUAUUAAACAUGCUUCAGACAAGAGAUAUGCACCGAUAUUAAGGCUUAGAGCCAUUGCAGGUGAUAUUUUCUAAUAUGUGUUCAUACUGACCUUUUAGUUUCAUUUCAUUUUAACAUUUUAUAGAUGAUAAUAGAUCAAAUUAAACAGGUUCAACUGCUGCAAAACUACAUUUUGUCUCUCCAGAAAUUGCAUUUUCUCCUUCCUUGGACAGAUGCAUGCAUGCCUGUCCAUCUGAAACUUGGGUUAAUUAUUAUAUAAUUAUUUUUAUAUUAUUACUGUCUAUACAUAUUUGUUGAGCAAUAAUAGUAAACUGGUACUGUGAUGGUAAACAAAAAUUAUCUGCAUCUGUUUUAAUACUGUUGUGUAUCCCAGCAUUAUGAGGGACUACACUGGACUGGUCACAGGUAGUUAAGGUAGUUAAAAAAUAAAUAAAUAAAUAAAUAAAAUUUUACAACAAAAUUAAGAGAGAGAGAGAGGUUUUGCAGUUCAUUUUGUUUGUCUUAUGUUCUUGUGUCAAGAAAAAAUAUCCAAGGAAAAUAAAAGACUUUUUGUGUAGUCACAAAUGA